AUGUGGCGCUCACUCGGCCUGAAUCCUGGCGGCGCACCCCGGAAUCCCCCUGCAAACCAGAAAAAAAGGCACGCGCGAGCAACAAAAGGAGAAAGGUCCUCUCGCCGUUACACUCAACUGUAUCCCUCUCGCAGUCUCGCUCCUCCUCCUCGCCCCAUCGCCGAGACGCCCCACGCUCCCACAGAUUCGCCACCACCACCACCUCUCCUCCUCCUCCGUGACCUGGAGAUCCUCUCUGUAGUUCCGGGUGUUUGCAAACCCUGGAGCCGGGUGGUUUCAGGGGCCGACUGCUGGCAGGACAUCGACAUUCAGGAGUGGAGCCAGCAGAAAGAGCCUGACAAGAUCAUCAGGAUGGUUCAUAUGCUCCUCUCUCGCAGCGCUGGCUCGUGCCACCGCCUUAGUGUGUCCAGGCUUCCCAACGACUCAUUGUUCGCCUUCAUCGCGGACCAGAGCUGGAUCACUGAGGCGGUUAGGGAUGAGGGGGGUGAGGGCGACGGCGAGGAGGGGCGAGAACAAAGAAGGUGGCGGCCACGUGCGCAAUCUCUCAAGACUUUGGAGAUUCCAAGGAGCGAAAUUAGCGACUCUAUAGUGGAAGCUGCUGCACAAAGACUGACUAAAGUUACAUUCCUGGAUGUAAGCAGCUGCACUAAGAUUGGCGCUCGUGCUCUGGAGGCAUUCGGUAAGAAUUGCAAAUCCCUCAUCAGACUUCGCCGAGUCAUGCACCCAAUGGAUGUCGCAGGGAAGGGGUGCCAUAAUGACGAGGCCCGUGCUAUUGCCUACAACAUGCCAAAGCUCUGCCACCUCGAGAUAGGGUACAUGCUUAUCGAGACAACGGCUGUCCUCGAGAUCACCUCCCGGUGCGAAGACCUCAAAUUCUUAGAUCUGCGUGGCUGUUGGGAUGUUGGUGAUAAGAUUUUGCAAGAGAAGUAUCCUGGGCUGAAAAUCCUCGGCCCCCACGUGGACGACUUCUAUGAGAACAACUUCUGGGAUGAGUGCUCGGAUGAUGACUCCAUCGACUCAUGGGAAGAGUUCGUGGACAAUGAGUACUUCGCCCUCGGGGGUGAUGACGAGGCCAUAUGGGACGACGAUCACGCUCUUGAGUGA